ACACCAUCUUCUGAUCCCCUCAUAUAUAGCUUCCCCUCCCAAUUGCUUCUUACAUUCGUAUCCUUACCUACAUUUAUACGCUCUACUCUGGUAUCAUCCAUCGUGGUGAUUACCUCCACUAUGUCCUCUCCAGACCUCGACCUGGACAUCACUUCCGUCCCCCGUUCUCGCGAAGAGAACCAAGAGAGGUACCUGUCCUUUGGUCCAAUCCCUUUUUCUUGUGCUACUACUAACCCCAGCAGAGCCUUCAUCGCUGCCUCCAGACGCAAGGACCGCAGUUUAGAUGCUCGCCUCGAGUCCGCAAACCGUGCCUCCAUGCUCCACAAACAACGCACUGGCAAAGCCCUCCACAUCACGAAGGAGAUCGUCGAGAAUGAAGCCAUGUAUGAGGAGAUUGACGAACGGUAUCAGGAGAAGCGCAUCCGCAUGCUGCAGGCUCAGAACCUGCAGAUCGAAGAGCAGUUCCGUCGCCAUCUCCUCGCUGCCUUUGCUGGAAACAAUCCCUUUGUCCACAACAACACCACCAACAACAGCAGCAUCCAUGCCCGGAGAGCCUCUGCCAUGCCCUUGCGCUCCACCGUGCAUAACAAUGGCGUGAAGAAGUCCAGCAUCGAUUUGUCGAAUCGCCGUUCGUCCAUUGCAGGCCCUGUUCCUGCUCAGGUGGAUCAUGCCUACACCAUGCCGACUUCUCCCUCCAGGCACUACUCUCUAAAUAUGCAGUCAUCUUCGUCGUCUCCAUCUUCUUAUCUGCCUUCGGAUUUUUGCCCCAAUCUCUCUUUGACACCUUCACCUCUUCAGUCAUAUAUUGCUCAGCCAGAGCCUGUCUGGCAGCAGCAGCAGCAACAACAACAACAACCCUGGUCUGGCCCCAAUCAGAGCUAUCUGAACUCGGGCAUAUACCAACACCUACAGCAGCAGCCGCCGCCACCACAAUUCAUGCAGCAAUUAGCGUCUAAUGCAUCCAGUCAGACACGCCAGUUCCGGGAUCGAGUAGGCUCUGCACCCGAGAUCAACGUGCAGGGUCUGUUUUCCACCAUGACCCCCACCACCCACCACAAUCGUAUGGCGUCUGAACCCGUUCCAGGACUGCAAGAUAUGAAUAUCACUGUUUCCUCCGCGGCAAAUACACCAAAGCUGGGCACGCCCUCCACUGACGCCUCUGACAACUAUACAACACCGGUCCCCUCCACCCCGACAUCGCCCAAUGUAACCAUCGCCACCGAGGAGGCCAGUGGGAAGGAGAGCGGGCUUAUGGUUUCCAACUGCGAAGGAUUCGACCCAGAUUUCGAUGAUUUCAGCCGGUUCGCGCUGGGACUUGGGUCCAACAUAAUAGAUACUCCGGCGGAACCCUUUUUUUUUGAUGAUUUCGUUAGUUUUGAUGACUAUGCCAUGGCGGCAUAAUUGGGAUUGAGCCAGGGAUCUUAUUCUAUCUUUGCUAUUUGUAUAUUUUUUCCCCUUUGUUUUUAAUUAUUAUCACUUUGUUUUCUUUCUGCAGGCAGGAAUACCAACUCGGCGAGUUGGCAGGUUGUUCUACGAUAUCCAGUUGGCAAUUGUGUUGCAGGUGAUUGUUUCCGUGGUUAUGGUAUGGUUACAAGGGUGUUUGAAAAUUGGAGUUUGGAAUUUCCAUAGCUUUAGGUGUCGAUGUCAAUAUUGGCUAAGAGUUCUAUUCUCAAGAUGUGACAUGUCUUCUUUAUGCAAGGUACUAGGAUGGCUGUAAGCAGUGUACUAUCAUCUAUGCUCGUAUAUUCAUUCGUAUAUCUACGACAAAAAAAGAUAAAUAUAUU